ACUUAAAGGCCUUACUCUUUUUAUCGAGUCUGUAUCAUCUCCAUACCCUUACCAUACCAAACCCUCUCUCUCAAUUACUUCAAUAAUUUGCAGUUUUUUAGGUUCAACUUCAAUUCCUCCUCCAACCUUCUUCCGUUAACUAGCAGUGAAGUUUAUUCCUGUCUCAGAAACUCCACCAGCUCUUUAAAUGGCUUCUCCUAUGAUUCGCUCAAAUAAGAAUUUCAAGAGGUUGCAUUCAACGAAAUCGCAUUCCUGGUGGUGGGAUAGUCACGUCAGUCCCAAAAAUUCAAGGUGGCUUGCGGAGAAUCUCGAGGAAAUGGACCGGAGUGUAAGGCGGAUGUUAAAGCUAAUCGAAGAAGAUGGAGAUUCAUUUGCUAAAAAAGCUGAGAUGUAUUAUCAGAAGAGGCCGGAAUUGGUUUCGCUUGUUGAAGAAUUUUACCGCAUGUACCGGUCUUUAGCUGAACGUUAUGAUCAUGUGACGGGAGAAUUGAGAAAAAAUAUUCCAUCAGACCUCCAAUCUCAGAACUCGGGCAUUUCUGACGUUAGUUCUGAACCGCCCUCUACAUGGCCCUCUCCUGCUCCGGAGCCGAGGCGUAGGUCUGGACAUCGAGCUGCUGGUUUUGAUUUCUUUCUGGGAUCCGGUGGAAGUAGCUCUGAUCUUCAGAGAGAUGGAGAUGAAUCAUCUACACUAACAGAUUCUGAGCCAGAAUCUGAUGACUCCUCCUCCGUUAACAAUUACUCGGUUCUUUUAGGAAAUGGUAGCGACAAUGCUCUUAGCAGAAAGGUGAUUGAAUUAGAGAUCGAGCUACGUGAAAUGAAAGAUAGACUCCAGAUGCAGCAGGAGGAGAACGUAGAUGGUUCAUUGAAGGGGGUGAGGAAUGAUCAUUUUGAGGAUCUUCUAGGUAGGAUCUCAGGAUACGAGCAAGAGCUGAAGAUUGCUAAUCAGAGGAUACAUCAUUAUGAAGAAGAAGUGUCGAGAUUGACCAUUGACCUGCAGAGACAUAAAUCAUUAGAAUCCACCAGAGAUUUUCAGCAUGAAUUCGCAUCAUUACCAGAAGAAUACAUUCAGAGUGCUGAGAGUGAGAUGGAAUCCGAGAAAACUCGCGCAUCCAAGGUUCAAAAGGAUACAGACGGACUGGAAGCUGAAACUCAGGAAUUCGAUAGCAAAACUAAGGCACUGGCAGAAGAACUUGUAAUUAUGAAAGAGAAGCUACAGUAUGCAGAGAAAGAAAUUGCAAGUUUGAAAACUAAGCUUGAGGACAAUGGACCAUCUGAAAAGGUCAACAAAUUGCAGGAUCAGCUUGCUCUGGCUCAUAAAGACAUCAAUACAUGGAAAAGCAAGCUGAAUGCAGAAAAAAGGGAGGUAUCUAAACUGCAGGAAAGAAUCGCAAGGUUGAAAUCUAGUUUAUCAGACAGGGAUCACGAGAACAGAGAGUUAAAAACAGAAGUAUCUGAUGCUGAGCAGAAGAUUUUUCCUGAAAAAGCACAGAUCAAGGCUGAAAUAUCAAAAUUGUUGGAAGAACAGACUAGUUUGAAGGAGCAGGUCAGAGAGCGGGAAUCAUGUUGCCGUACUUUAGAAGAUGAAAUUAGAAAGCUACAAACUGAAAUGUCAGAAACAGAGGUAAGGCAUGACUUCGAGAUCAAUAACUUAAAGAAAGAAACCAGCGAAAGAGACUAUUAUAUACAAAAUUUGAACAAAAACCUCGACGCCUUGAAGUUAGAAAGAGAUGAGCUUAAUGCACAAGUUACCGCACUUAAAGCAGAUGUAGCCUCUAGAAAUGAUCAGAUUGAUGAAAUGGAUAAGCAUUUACAGCAAUUACAUAUGGAGCAUAUGAAGCUCAUUGCCGAUGCUGAAAUGGCGCGUAAAUUAGCAGAUAAAGUAAAUUCGAAAGUUGAUGAUCUAGAGAAAGAGGUUGAAAGGCAAAAGAUGGCGAUUGCAGAAGGAGCAGAAGAGAAACGAGAAGCAAUUAGGCAAUUGUGUUUCUCACUCGAACACUACAGGAACGGAUAUCAUAGUCUUCGACAAGCCUUUAUCGGGCACAAGAGAGUUCCUGUUUUGGCAUCAUAAAAUUAGUAUGUAUACUUUUUGUUCUAUUUAUUUAUGUUUUAGUAAUAUUUGUGCUUUUAGCACAAUAAAUCAUGGUUUCAGGAUUAUAAGUUGAGAAUAUGAAUUUUUUGCCUA